CCGUAAAAAUAAUGCUACUUUCACAGAGAUAAUUUUAAUCGCUUAGGUAAACAAAUAAAUCAAACGAAAGAAGAAAAGAUCACUGAUCUAAAAUAAUGUUGUCGUAUAUAAUUUUCGGCCUAUGCACAUGUGUUGCAUAUACUCAAGACAUUUCCUGGACAUGGCUUUCUGGCAAGGCUGUUGCAAAUGAACCUGUGUCUAAAGACCAGCCUGGGGGUCGAAGUGGAGCAGCUUUCUGGCAGCAGAAGGACAAACAGGCUUUAUGGCUGUUUGGUGGUGAAACACCUGUGGGCCAUGAUCAACCUUCUGUCAAGAAUGACCUAUGGAGGUUCAGUCAUGGUCAGUGGAGCCUUGUGAAUGAUGGUCAGUCACCUGAUGCUCCUCCUGGCCGUCAACUUGCCGCAGCCUGUGGACUGGACGAUAGCUUUUUUGUCUUGUUCGGGGGUCUUGGUAAUAACCCACAAGCACAGGGAGAAAAGGUUGAAGAUCAGGAUCUUCUUGGUGAUACGUGGAUAUUUGGUUUGGAAAAUAAUAAAUGGUAUACUUUGGAGGAAUUUCAAAAAACAGAAGGGGCAGCAUUUGUGAAUGGAAGCGUACCUGAAGCUAGAGGGGACAUGGCAUUUUGGUGUCAACCUGGUGACACUAUGUCAAUAUUUGGUGGUUUCGGAAAGAACAAGACUUUGUAUCAUGAUCUUUGGACUUUUGAUUUAAAGACUCUGAAGUGGGAAGAGUCAACACUGUCUGUUUCUAUACCAGACAAUUCCAAAUUCGCCUCCCAUUUAGAAUACCCUACAGCUAGAUCAGGUUCCACAACUUGGAUUGUUGGCAAAAGGCUUUUCCUCUGGGGAGGGAACAUUUUGCCUACCAACUUCAGAAAGAAGCACCUCAUGAUUGGCAACACAGGGGAUCUGUGGGAAUAUAACCAGACAAGCGACACAUGGGCUUACAGACUAGGCCCUAGGAUAGCAUGCACAACCCCAGGUAAAUAUGGUGAACAGGGAACGGCUGAUGCCGAAAAUAUGCCCGGAUGCAGGCGGAGGGCAGCAGCCUGGGUAGACAUUCAUGGAAAUCUGUGGAUGUUCGGAGGUGAUGGCGUGGAUGAUUCUCAGGAAUCUGUUUCAGUAUUUAAACAUUCUAAGCUUCUGUCUGAUGUCUGGCACUUUGAUACGGUAACUUUUCUAUGGACCUGGAAAGGAGGGUCGCAGCAGGGUGAACAAAAAGGCGUUUUUGGCGAUAUUGGUCAACAUUCCUCAGAUGCUCAUCCAGGGUCCCGAUGUGAACCGGUUGUGUGGGAUUCUUCUGUGUAUAAUGAUGAAGAAAGAAGGGAAAGAAAAUACUUUUAUAUAUUCGGAGGUGUAGGACAUGAUUUGAAUGGCCACGAUGGAUAUUUAAAUGAUGUUUGGAUGUUUGAUACAAACAUGGACACAUCUGUGCUUAGAAAUGCUCCUUAUGCUGGCCCUGUGUUUGUUGUGAUAGUUUUAGCCUGUAGUUUGAUAGUUUUUGUAGUUAUUAUAUAUGCUUGUAAUAGGAAUUUCUAUUUAAAAAGUGCUUCUUCAAAACUGAAUGUGAAGUAUAGUCGAGUACCGGAUGAACUUGAACUCUAAAAUGCUUAUCUUUCCAAAGCAUUUUGUAUGAUCUCGUGAUUGAUAAAGAACUGAGACCUUUAAUAAUAUCUCAUAAGCUCAAUCGAUUGUUAAGCAUUGUUUACUGUACAUAUAUCUAUCAUCUAUAAUACAGUAUUGUGUUAUUAGGGAAUAUGUUGAAGAGUUAAAUGGAAGGCUGCUACACCUUGUACAUAUUUGGUAGCACCCCUCUCAGGCCCUAUAGAUGCCCCCACGGAGACCAGUAUGGUCACCUUCCUGCUUUUAUAGAAUGCAUUGCUUAAAGCUGCACUCUCAAAGAUAUACCAUUUUUACAUCUUUGUUAUUUUUUGUCUUGGAAAAAAACAAAUUUUUGAGUAAAUAUCUGUAAACUAAUGACAUACAAAUGUAAGGUUGCUGACAAAAAAAAUCUGUAGAUUUUCAUAUUUCCGUUCGAAAAUUAAUGUUUUAUGGCUUAACAAACGGUUUAAGAAAAUUGCAUUAAACAUCAAUUCUUGAACUUAAAUAUAAAAAUCGGCGAUCUAAUUUUUUGUCAGCAGUCUUAUAUAACUGGUUUCCAUGGAUUUUCGCAAAAAUUGUCUCGUUCCAAGACAAAAAAUAAAAAAAGUUGUCAAAACGUUCAAUCUGUGAGAGUGCAGCUUUAAGACAGUCAAAUAUUUUUUUAUCUUAACUUAUAAUUGAUAAUAAAUACAUACAAACCUUACAUUUGUUGUCAGUUCGAGGGGUGAAUGCGAAAAGGUUCUAAGUGACAUUAAAUAAAGAAGCAGAUAGAACCUUUUCGCUUUCACCCCUCGAGUUGUAACCUACUUUUGCUUUAUUUCAUUCGGAGCUCCUCGGCCAUUAUUUUCAAAAACAACCUCGGAUGUAUGCCGGUACAUCAGUUGAAGUAGUCCGUAAAUUUUUGAAUAAUAUCAUUAAUUAAAUGUAGUGUUUAAGAGUUGUAUUCAUUGCUCUCAGUUUAAAUUGAUUGCCAGUGAAGUGUAUUAUUGCAAACAUGAUUAAGAUCCCAAGAGUUAAGUCAUAAAGUUUAACAACUAAUUCAGAUUACUACGCGAUCUAUUUGCAGCGGACUUAAACGUACCACUUUUUGAGUAUGUAAACCGUCCAAAUACAUCCGAGGUUGUUUUCGAUAAAAUGGCCGAGGAGUUCCGAAUGGCUUUAUUUAUGUGUCAAAUUCAUAUUGUUCUAGUGCUUCACAGCCCAAUAUAAUGUGCAGUUUUCUCCCUUAGCAUCCUGUCCCUCUAACUGCUCCCUGUCCCUCUCCCUGUCCCUCUAACUGCUCCCUGUCUUUUUUUCAAAAGCUGGCUUAAACCCUAUUGAAAGCUCGCUGAUACUCGUUUGUAUCAAUUUACCUACAUGUGGUACCGUACAUGUCAUUCAACAUGUGCACUUAACACAUACUCUUCUAUGGUGGCAUAUUACUGCCGUAAGGUCAUUUGAUAGAGUUUGCGAACUUUUUCGUGUUAACCUCUUAAAGAUGCACUCUUACUCCCAAAUAAGAUUUACCAAAAUUAAUAAUAUUGUUUAAAUAUUCCAAAAAGGAUGAAUAAAUGUAAAAAACAAUGGUUCUUAUGAAAAAUACCGAGUUUAAUUUGAAAGAAAUGAGCAUAAAACACGCAAUCUCUACCUGAUGAGACUAUAGUAGACUACAGUAAAUCUUUUAGCAUUCACCAAUCAUUUAAUAUUUAUGCGCUUUUUGCUAUUAAAUUCACGCUUACAAUUUUUCAAUAGUUAAUAUUUUCCAUGAAUGCAUUAUUUAGAAAGUAGUUAAUGGUUAAUCAGUCAUUUUUUUUUGUUUGUAAUUCAUGUGUAUGUAUUGAUUUUGAAUAAGAGUGUCACUUGAAUGGCGCGAUAAU